AUGUCGACACUCACUGAAAUCACAUCUGAGGCCGACUUCUCGUCGCAUCUUUCUUCCCUAUCACCGUCUGCCUUGGUCGUCCUAUACUUCCACACUCCAUGGGCUGCUCCUUGCGCCCAAAUGGGUGCAGUGCUUUCAGCCCUCGCUUCGCAGUACCCCGCCACUGCCCCGCCCACCAUCUCGUUUGUCAGCAUCAACGCGGAGGAGCUGCCUGAUAUUUCGGAGGAAUAUGACGUUUCUGCCGUGCCAUUCGUCGUGUGCCUACGUAGCGGCCAUAUUUUGGAAUCAAUCAGCGGCAGUGACGCCGUGAAGGUUCGUGACGCUGUCGAGCGCCACGCCGGCCGCGGAAAUGUUGCGGGUGCCGUCGGCCCCAUGGACAGUGUGAAGGCUAACAUUCCCCCACCGCUGUCUGCUGUUCCUCGUGAGGACGGUCCCCUCACUGCAACUCAAGCUCCCGUUACCGCUUCGCAGCCCCCUUCUGCUGAUGCGGCGAACGCAACCCCUGUUGCGUCUGCCCCAGCGUUGACACCCGAACAAUCCCGGGAGGCACUCUUUGCCCGCCUCGAACAAUUGGUCAAGGCAGCAUCUGUCAUGCUGUUCAUGAAAGGAACUCCGAGCAACCCACAGUGCGGAUUCAGUCGGCAGCUGGUUGGUAUUCUACGCGAGCGUAGUGUUAAGUACGGAUUCUUCAACAUUUUGGCCGAUGAGGAUGUGCGACAGGGUCUGAAGGAGUACGCUGAGUGGCCCACUUUCCCUCAAUUGUGGGUGAAUGGUGAAUUGGUUGGUGGAUUGGAUAUUGUCCGCGAGGAAAUCAACAACGACCCCGAUUUCCUCACUGAUCACUCAGUCAGUAAGCCCACCGCGGCUGCUUGA